CCGAUGCAUCGUGGAACCGGUCAACCUACCUGAACUGCAGGCGUUGCUUCAUUUUUGCUUUAGUUUUUUUGACACGCUAUUCUAGAUCUUAACAUGGCGACAUCGGAUGUGGUAAAUAGCAUUUACUCUUUACAGCUCAGGGCUAUGGCGAAAUGCUUCCUUCUACCCGAGCCCUGGACUGAUAAAUAGAAGAAGAACAGAACAUAAAAUUAUCAGGCCUCAGCAACUACUACUAAGUUAGGCACUUACCUAUUGACGAUGUCCCUCGUCAAAAUACCCCUUCUCCUGUCCUCAGCCGUCGGUGUGCACAUCGCAUUGACUCCACCUAAUGCCCCGGCUUCGGAUGAAAAGGUAAAGCCUGGUUCGCGAGAGUUGUUCCUCAACACCGCUACUGCGCUUUGCGGGGCACUGAAGGUAGCCUUCUGGCUAGGCACGAUAGGAGAGAGCGCUGCUAUUCUCAUACCCCUUAUCCCUCCUUCGAAGCUACCAACAGGUGCUCUGACGCUUUUGAAAGCAUUAGGUGGCCCUGACAAUCGACUAAUUACUCCUGCAUUCCUCGCGGGGACCACCAUUUCCACGGCUGCUGGCCUCCUCCGAUGGGCGUGUUACCGUGCUUUGGGUCGAUUCUUCACCUUUGUCCUCAGCGUACGCAAAGACCAUCGACUCGUCACCCACGGGCCCUACUCUGUUGUACGCCACCCAAGCUAUACGGCCACCGCACUGUGCGUGCUCGGCGCAUUCACAUUGCACGGUUCCCCGACAUCUUGGCUGAGAAGCUCGGGCGUUGCUAACAACUUGCUGGUGAGAGGUACGGCGAUAUCUUGGGCGACUAUGAUGAGCAUCACUGCGAUCACGCUGUUCAUGAGAUGUCCGAAGGAAGACGAGAUGAUGAAAAAGGAGUUUGGGAAGGAGUGGGAGGAGUGGGCAGGGAGAGUAAGGUAUUGGCUGAUACCUGGGAUUUAUUGAGCCAUGAAAGUGUUCCUUAUUCAGGUUAAUCUGAUACACUUGUUUUCUUCUUUUGUUUUAUGUGCUGGUCGUCCAUUCACAUACACAGACUCUGGGUUGCAAGAGUGGUAUUUCUUCGACAUUGUAUUUUUAUUUUUGAACAUAAGUAUGCUUUAUAUCCGAUUGCAUGAGCUCGAACAUGCG